AGAAGAAGAAGAGAGAGAGAGAGAGAGAGAGAGAGGGCUGGAGGAGAGGAGGCGGCUUGGAGCCCGUGCUAGUUCUGAAGGAAGGGGCGCCUCAGACUUUGGAGCAGGAGGCGGCGGCGGCGGCGGCGGCGGCGGCGGCGGCGCCGGGCCUUCCUUCCUUCUCUCAUUCAUAGGGAGAGCAGCCAUGAGGGUCCCGGCCCGGCCCCUUCCCGCUUCCCUCCUGGUGCUCUUGGUGCUGUUGGGGGCCUGGGCCAAGGCGCCCCCUCUGACUCCGCUCCAGGCCCCGGGACACGAGAGGCUGGAAUCUGUUCUCUCAGACUAUGAUAUUCUUUCACUGUCCAACAUCCACCAGCACUCAUUAAAAAGAAGAGACCUGCAGUCAGAAUCCCAUGUAGAAAAACUUCUAAGUUUUUCAGCAUUGAAUAGACAUUUUAAAUUAUACUUAACUUCAUCAGCAGAACACUUCUCAAAAAACAUUCAAGCCUUUACAGUGGAUGGCCAAGGCAAGGAAAGACCGUAUCACAUACAGUGGCAAGAAUUUUUCACAGGACAUCUUGUAGGUCAAAGUAAUUCUAAGGUUAUAGCACACAUAGGUGAUGAAGAUGUCACACUGAGGAUUAAUACCAAUGAAGAAGAAUACAAUAUUGAGCCCCUGUGGAGGUUUCUCAAUGAUACACAAGAUAAAAGACUUUUGGUCUACAGAUCGGAAGACAUCAAAGACUUCUCACGAUUACAGUCCCCUAAAGUCUGUGGCUAUGUUAAAUUGGAAGAAGAGGAAGGGCUUUUGUUUGGAAGGCUAAAGGAAGACAAAUGGACCAAACGUGAGCAUCCAAUGAAUGUCCCUCGGCAGAAAAGAGCGGUCCCAGACCCCUUGAAGAACACUUGCAAGAUGUUAGUGGUGGCAGACCAUCGCUUUUUUAAGCACAUGGGCCGUAGUGAGGAAAGCACUACAAUUAACUACUUAAUCGAAUUAAUAGACAGAGUGGAUGAUAUCUAUCGCAAUACUUCAUGGGAUAAUGCAAACUUCAAAGGAUAUGGCAUACAGAUAGAUCAGAUUAUUGUUCACAGUGAGCCACAAGCUGUAUCUCCAGGACAGAAACACUAUAAUAUGGAAAAAAGUCAGCCAUAUGAGGAUAAGGAUGCUUGGGAGGUGAAACAACUGCUGGAGCAAUUCAGCAUUGAUAUAGCUGAGAAAGCGGCCAAAGUAUGCCUGGCUCAUCUUUUCACGUAUCAAGAUUUUGAUAUGGGCACUCUUGGACUGGCUUAUGUUGGAUCUCAGAGACCAAACAGCCAUGGUGGCAUCUGCCCAAAGGCAUAUUCCAAUUCAGCAACUGGAAAGGAUAUCUACCUCAACAGUGGCCUAACUAGCACAAAGAACUAUGGCAAAACCAUCCUUACCAAGGAGGCUGACUUGGUUACUACUCAUGAGCUGGGACAUAAUUUUGGUGCAGAGCAUGAUCCUGAUGGCAUGCCAGAAUGUGCUCCCACAGAAGAUCAAGGAGGAAAAUAUGUUAUGUAUCCAAUUGCUGUGAGUGGGGAUCAUGAAAACAACAAGAUGUUUUCAAACUGCAGUAAAGUAUCCAUACUUCGGACUAUUGAGACCAAAGCCCCAGAAUGCUUCAAGGAGCGUAACAACAAAGUAUGUGGCAAUUCCAGAGUGGAUGAAGGCGAGGAAUGUGAUCCUGGCCUCUUGCGGCUGUAUGAUGAUCCAUGCUGCACGUCAGAGUGUAUGCUAAGGCAGAAUGCAACAUGCAGUGACAGGAACAGUCCCUGUUGUAAAGGUUGCCAGUUUGAAAGUGCACAGAAGAAGUGCCAGGAAGCCAUUAAUGCUACUUGUAAAGGAGAAUCCUAUUGCACAGGCAAUAGCAGUGAUUGUCCUCCUCCUGGGAAUGCUCCAGAUGACACCAUUUGUGUGGAUUUGGGUGUGUGCAAAGAUGGGGAAUGUGUACCCUUCUGUGAGAGAGCGAAGGACUUACGUUCAUGUGCUUGUAAUGAAACAGAUGAUUCCUGCAAGGUUUGCUGUCGAGAUGAGUAUGGGAGGUGCAGCCCUUACCUUGAUGACAACCAGAAUUUCUUAUAUUUGAGAAAAGGAAAGCCAUGCACUGUGGGAUUCUGUGACAUGAAUGGCAAAUGUGAAAAGCGUGUGCAAGAUGUGAUUGAACGACUUUGGGAUUUCAUUGAUCAACUUAGCAUCAAUACAUUUGGAAAAUUUUUAGCAGACAACAUAGUAGGAUCUGUGCUUGUAUUCUCCUUACUAUUUUGGAUUCCUCUAAGUAUUCUUGUGCACUGUGUGGACCAGAAGCUGGACAGACAGUAUGAAGAAAACACCAAGUCUUUGUUUGGCCCCAGUAAUGCUGAGAUGUUGAGCAGUAUGGAUUCAGCCUCUGUCCGAAUCAUCAAGCCCAAUCCUGUUGUACCAUCUACAAGUCGGCAUCAACCCUUGCAGCCUGUUGCACCAGUGCCUUUGGUAACAGUGGCUCCUAAACUAGAUCACCAAAGAAUGGACACAAUUCAAGAGGAUCCAAGUACAGAUUCUCAUAUUGAGGAAGAUGAUCCUUUUGAAAAAGAUCCUUUUCCAAACAACAGCACAACUGCCAAGUCAUAUGAAGAUUUGACAGACCAUCCUGUCACAAGGAGUGAGAAAGCGUCAUCCUUCAAAUUGCAACGCCAACACAGAGUGGACAGCAAGGAAACAGAGUGCUAGUCCCUCAUUGCCUUUUGAGCUGUUGACUCAGAUAUGCAAAAUCAUGUUCAGCCAAUUGACCUAAAGCCAUUUCAUUAUAGAAAUCAUUUAUGUAUGUGUUUGUGUGUAUGUAUGUGUAUAUAUAUGUUUAUAGAAAACUGGAAAACAGGGAAGUGACCUACUGCAGAUGCUGGCCAUAUGUAUGAGCUUCCUUGGUUUCAGUAUGAGUGAUGCUUAAAAACACAUCCAAGUAAACUCUCAGGUGCAUUGAGUCCUUCGGUAUUCUGUAGUCUGGAUUUGAUUAUUUCCUUCAACCUGUGAUGUAGAGGUAAAAAUCUGCCUGACACAAAAAUUGUGUAUCUAUUUUUAUAAUGUGCCUUCUUGUAGCUGAACAACACUGCUAAGACUGUGUCCUCCCUUAUUUGGUAAUACAAAAACUAAACUUUAGUGAACUUGUUUCUUGUAACAAGAGUAUUCAGAAUUUAAAAUGUAUAAUUAAAGCACACAGUAUUUUUUUUUAAUGGAAAGUGAGAUGGACGUUUUGACAUAAUAGAAAUUUACAAAUGUACUGGGAUUUGUGGGAUCUGAAGAGAGCAAUAAAUAGGUCUGCAUCUCAGACCUAGAAUAUUUUCCUAGUCACUUGAAGUAGGGCUUUUCAUCACACAGUGUUUAACUACAAUCUAGUAUACACCUGAGCAACUUUAAGUUUGAUUUAUUUUUAGCAAGUCUUUGGCGCUGGUACCACUCUCCUGGCUUUUAAAAAAGUGGAUAAAAUAUAUCUUCUAUUUUCAUUCCUUCAGCUCUGUCAAAAGAGAAUAUUAUUCCAGCAGUUAAGCAAACUUCUGCCUGCCAAAACAUGAGGGACAAGAAUAGUGAUGCUGAUUAUGGGUUUUAUGACAUACUUCUAAAAAAACUAAAGUUUGUAAAUUCUUUCUUUGAAAGAGAAAAGAUGUGCAUUGUAUAGAGCAUAUGUUUGCUUGAACUGCAGUCCAAAUACAUAGGUGUGCUGCUUGUUGAAUUGCACGUUUUGGCCCCUGCUGCAAUGAGGAGGAACAAAAUAACAGGAUGCUGUAUAAAUAUUCUCUUACCCAGUAGCCUGGCUUGUAAGAACAGUUAAUGACCUGUCUCCAGAGACCUGCAAACAGCAACACCUGUAUACUUUCUGUUGUAUUCCUUUUUUUUCUUUUGCCUCUCUUAUGGCUUGGGUGAAUGAACUGAAGUGGAGCAAAUCUUCUCCCUAUAACCUUUUUCAGGGAGAUCUGGUCUUUAGAUUCAUUCCCAUGAUUACAGAAAUACAUGGAUGCUAACUGUGUGAAAAAGAUUGUGUUAUUUAUACUUGGGUAGCUAUUUUGUUGCAUAAUCAUGUCUUACAUUAAGCUUGAUUUGCAUAAGUAAAGUGUACUGGAUGAAAGACCCCUUCUUUUUAUGAAAAACCUGUAUUCUUUUAUAUCUUCUGGACAUUAACCAAACCUGUGACAAAUGUGUGUUUCCCCCCCAUGGAUACUUGUUACACUAAUACUUGAAUCUGUGCCUUCUUGCUGUUUGUAUAUAGUCUGGUAACAUAGAUUUCAUACCUAACAGUAAACUUUGUGCAAGGAGUGAUAACAUUCACUACAAUGAAUUAAAAU